GAGGCCUCACCUGUCACAUACGACCAUAUCCAUUGGAAAAUACGGGAUCCCGUCCGCUCUCCCAGAGUCAAGCCAAUGAGAGGCAGAUUAGUAGUCAGGUGGGUGACCACUGGCGAACACCGGCUGUUGUAUGUUUUGUUCAGGGGUCGGAACCGGCGCGAACUCGAGGUAGCUGGCGAUAAGGAAUGCAGGGAAAUUCUUCUUUAUUUGAGGCGUUAUUCUAAAUUCGUAGAGGCCAUUUACCGAAAAGAGUCGCGUCUUUGUCGCACCGUAACGGAGACAUAA